AAGGUUUUUUAAAAGCAGAAGCUUCAGAUCUUGCUGAGGAAACAGCUUUCCUUCUACUACAAACCAGGCCCAGAAGCAGAGGAGUAAACCCUAGCAGGUAAAAAGGAUGGUGGUAGCUAAAUCAUGGACUAUGGUGAGGCACUUUGAGGGUGCACCAAAACCUGAGGAUUUUAAGCUGAUAGAGAAAGAGUUGCCACCCCUAAAAGAUGGAGAGGUGCUACUGGAAUCUGAGUUCUGGAGUGUCGACCCAUACAUGAGGCCAUAUAGUAAACAGAAGUUAAAGGAGGGAGAUGUUAUGAUGGGAUCACAGGUUGCCAGGGUGAUGGAGAGCAAGAAUCCUGCUUUCCCAGUAGGUGGCUAUUAUGUUGCCUAUGCAGGAUGGACAACACAUUUCAUAUCAGAUGGCAAAGGACUUGCUCCGUUGCCUUCCAACUGGCCUGAGAACCUACCCAAAUCACUGGCACUGGGGGCUGCUGGCAUGCCAGGAUUGACAGCAUAUUUUGGCCUUUUGGACCUUUGCAAUCCGAAGGAAGGGGAUGUUGUCCUUGUUAACGCUGCUGCUGGCGCUGUUGGCUCAAUCGUGGGUCAGAUUGCAAAAAUCAAAGGCUGCAAAGCAGUUGGAUCUGCUGGCUCAGAUGACAAACUUGGCUUUUUAAAAGAAAUUGGAUUUGAUGAAGUAUUCAACUACAAGACUGUAAGCUCCUUGGCAGAAGCUCUAAAAAAGGCCUCACCAGAUGGAUAUGACUGCUACUUUGAGAAUGUUGGGGGAAAGUUUGCAGAUGCUGCUCUGCAACAAAUGAAAGAUUUUGGAAGAAUUGCUGUUUGUGGUGCCAUCUCUUUGUAUAAUGAUUCGGUACCCUCAACCGGGCCCUACAUUCAACCCUAUAUUCUGUUCAAACAACUCCGUAUGGAAGGAUUUAUUGUAACCCGCUGGCAAGAUCGAUUCCCAGAAGGGCAGAAGCAGCUCUUGCAGUGGAUUAUAGAGGGAAAGCUAAAGUACCACGAACACAUCACAAAUGGAUUUGAGAACAUGCCAGCAGGCUUUAUGGGGAUGCUUAAAGGAGAAAAUAUUGGCAAAGCUAUUAUUAAAGUUUAAAAAGCUACUAAAGAAUUGGAUUUUCAGAUGAAGACACUGGUUUCCCAUUAGUAUAUUUCCCAGCCUCACUGCAAUAGUGAGUUCUACUAAUUUGAUCUGAAGAACUAAACAAUAAAAUGUUCCUUUUCAAA